AUGUUUUUGGUAGCUUUUACAAAGAUUUUUGCAUGGUGUUUUGUUAAGUUUAUUUUGGUGAUGCUCAGACUUUGGAAGUGGCUUUUCUUUUUAACAUAUACAAGUAAAACAAGCUUAGGUUUUAUUAACGAAACCUUUUCUUUACUCAUCCUACUUGGACUCUGUGUUGUUGACACGACUACAAUAUAUUUUGAGAACUCAACAAAAAUAACAUCAAAAUCUUGCGAUCCAACAUUACUCUCGAAAGAAAAUGUGAAUUAUAAAAAUCCUUAUUCAAGUCUGUUAUCAAAAGCAACAUUUUGGUGGGUGAGAAAAUCCACAAAACGAAAUAAAACCUCAUUUUUACUAAGUCUUCCAUUUCGUCUAAUUCUAUUUGAUAAAUGUUUUCCCUUCCUUCCACUGGUAUCAAAAUAA